GCAUUUUGGAGGGAAACCAACGGUUUUACGGUGUGCCAUUUAAAUCCCUUUAAAUUGUUGUUUGUGUUUAUAUUUAUUGGAAAUAGUGAUGGCUCAGCCGUCGGUGGCCAGUUUUUUCAGCAACAGAAAGCGUACUGUGAUCGAAGAUGCCAAAAUAAGCCGUGCUAAAAAGGUAUUGGUGCUUGAUGCAAGCAGUAUAUGUAGAAAACCGGAAAAUGGGUUAGAAGAUGGUGUUGUGUUGUCCAGUAGUAAUACGAAAACGUUGUUUCUCGAAAAUAAUUCGCUGGCUAAGUUACAGGAAAAAGAAGAAAAGACUGUAAACACAAAUAAACUAAUAGCUCCGUUACCGUCAGUCACGCAAAAUGUGCAAAAAAAGGCUGUUGUACGUGCACCCAAGUCGAAGAAAGCGGCCAAGGAGCUGCUCAACAAUAAAGACAUACAACAACUACUCAGCAAUAUGAAAAAGAUGACGAAAGAACCAGAACAAACACAAGUAAGCAAAGACAAUGAAGUGGAACAAAGACAUGUUACACCUCCCUCGACACCCACAAAAUGCUCCAACCUGAUGGACAAAGUGCCUGACAAGAUCGAGGGACCCACCAUCCAAGAAAUCAAAAAGAAAAUGACAAGAAGUGGAAGACUGGCAGAACUGAAAGCAACAAUUGCCAAGCUUAAAGAAGGUGAUGCAAAACUCAAGGAGGUUGAAAAGAAAACAUCAAUUAUUCCACCACCAGAAUCUCCUAAACUUAAAGCAUUUAGGACUAUUGAAGUGGAAGUUCAUACUAGCCCUCAGAAGGCGUACACUCCGGAAAAAGCAUACCUAAGUCCCAAAAAAGAUGUGGGAGCCCGAAGAAACCUCCUAAACUUGAUGAGUCCUACCAAAAAUGCCAUGCAAAUACCUUCAAGUCCAAGAAAAUUGACUUUGGACCUCUCUUCUAAACCUGCUCUAUCUCUGCCAUUCAAGUACAGAUACUUGGCUGAGAUGUUUAGAAGUAUCGAUACAGUUGUGCAAAUUUUGUACAACCGAAAGGAAACCAUCACUUUCCGCAAACUGAAGCCUGCGGUGGAGGAAAUGCUAAAACGUAACUUGCUUGAAAGGCAUUUGGCACAGAUCAAGUACAUUUACGAAGACGCCUUUACAUUUACCCAAGAAAAACUAAAAGUCUUUGGUGUAGGUAUGAAAAAGGAACAGUGGGAGUUGGUGAUCACGCCGAACAUAGACCGGCAAGAGCACAUGACUUCUGAAAUAUUGUUAGAACGACGCCGAAUUUUGUUCGACAAACUGAUGAACAGGACCAAGGACUACCACCACGAGUUUCUGAUGACGCUAGAUCCCCCAAUGAACAUUGAAAAAGGAAGGAUUACGAAAUGGCACCCGGAAUUCGACAUCGAAAAAGUGCCCGACAUUGAGCAGUCCGAAAUCCCCAAGCCACCAGUGGAAGAAAUUCUUACCACCGGUCAAAACGUGUUGGAAAAAGCUAGGGAGUUGUUUAACUGCAAUACGAGGAUGGAGCAGGCUCUUCAAAGAUUGAAAACCGCACAAGAAACGAAUCCGAACUUGGUGGUCGAAAAGCCAAAAGAAGAAAACCAGUCAGUAUUAAAGGGUAUACCUAAAGCUUUAUUGGAGAAAGUAAGGCAGAGACAAGCAGCGAAAGCCUUAGUUUCAAUGACAAGAUCUGCCGAUAAGGAGAAGGAAGUGACGAUGUACAAUCGGUUACCGGAACUGGCAAGACUGACUAGGAAUUUGUUCGUCUCAGAGAAAAAAGGCGUUUUACCAUUGGAAACAGUGGUCGAAAAAUUAGGAAAUUGCCAUCAAGAAUUCUUAACCAAAUCUGAGAUGGAGGAUCAUUUGAAAAUCAUUGCCAAAGAAGUACCUGGAUGGUUGGUCCUGCACAAUAUUAGGAACACGGACUUCGUGAAACUAUCGAAAAACGCUGACCUCAGUAUAGUAAUGAAUAAACUGGAUAAACUGGCGAAGCAGAAACGCGAGACGUAAAAUAUGAUGCAUGUAAUUUUAAAGAGUAUUUUAUUGUGUUAUCGUAUAAUUUUAAUGUACAUUUUAUUAAUAAAAUAUAUUAAUUUUCUUA